AUAACUAUUAUUUAGCGGUGCCUCCUUAGUCCUCUCAAACCUUGCAAGGCUGCCUUUCUUACUUGAUGGCGACCUAUCUCGGCAUGGCAUGUAUGUUAAAGAAGUUUUAAGGCUUAAUGAUUAUCUUGCAUAUCGUUGUCUUAGGGCAAAUAAUAGCGCUGACGUCGACUAUCAUCCGAUCCUUCCCAGCCUUGCUAAGGCUGGCGCACGUCAACAACCAGGGCAGGCUCUUAGCUGCCCAAGGCUGACGCUAUGGUUGCUGCUGGUGCUGAUUCUGACAAAGACGAGAGAACACCAUUUGUCGGCCAUGCGAAACCAAACGAUAGUUCCGGCUCUUGGCUGCGUGCUCUGGUGGCGUUGGUGGCCUCAAUUGCAUGGAUGGUAGUAUCAUCGGCGCUUAUUAUGCUUAACAAGUACAUCAUGGUCGACCUCGGGUUUAGAUACCCUAUGGCGAUAACGAGCAUGGGCAUGGGUAUGAGCGCCUUCCUAGCCUUCGUAUGCUGCCGGGUCCUGAAGCUGGUGGCUGUCCAUGACAACAUAGAGCUGCGGUUCUGGCUUGCUAAGCUAUUACCCAUAGGGCUUCUGAUGGCUUUGACGCUUUGGACGGGCAACGAGGUCUACUUGCACCUCACAGUCGCCUUCAUCCAGAUGCUGAAGGCCUUCACGCCAGUCAUCACGAUGAUCUGCCUCAUAACGGCCAAGCUGGAGUACCCGACACGGGCCAUGGUAGCAUCCGUACUCCUAACCGCCCUGGGUACGGCAACAGCAGCGUACGGCGAAGUACGGAUGAACAUCGUGGGGAUCCUGCUCAUGUUUGCUUCUGAGGCGGCGGAGUCUGUCCGGCUCGUCAUGACGCAGUUCCUCUUGGUCGGGCUGAACUUCCACCCGAUUGAGGGACUUAUGUACCUAGCAGCCGCGUGCUGCCUGUGGCUCAUGUCGGGUUGCAUGGUGCUGGAGGUGCCGAAGAUGAUGGCGGAGGGAGCGCUCAAGGUGGUGUUUGCGAACCCCUGGUCCUUCUUCUGUGCGUCCAUGAUGGGUUUCACCGUGAACUUGCUGGCGUACUUUACGAUCAAGGUAGCGUCAAGCCUAACGCUCAAGGUGUUAGGUACCGUCAAAAACACACUGCUCGUGGUUUGCGGCAUGCUCUUCUUCGGUGAAGUCGUGACGGGGUUACAGGGCGUAGGCUACGCGGUGUCCCUGAUGGGCUUCGCGUGGUACAACUGGUUGAAGAUCAGACAGCUAGCCGGCGGCACAGCCAGGGAGCCGCAUGUAGCGCGUGUGCCGGGUGUAAGAGGCGCCGGGGCAGCAUGCAACAGCGGCGUCACGCGGAGCACCAUGGUGGCUGGAAGCACGGGUAGCGCUAGCAGCAGCGGCAGCAGCGGGGUUGGGAACAUAGCGGAGCUAGAUUCGGUUAGCAGCACGCCCACGUAUGCAUUAGGUGUGGAGCGACGGCUGCAUGCGAAUCAACGGCAGCAUCAUCAGGCGUUGCAGGAGGAGAACUGGGGCGGGACGAGCGGCGGGCCAACCGGCACGUUCUCUGAGGCUGGCGUAGUGAUUGGAAUACGGGCGCCCCUGCGCGGCGGCACGCGACCCUCGCACCUUGCGGAGCCAACCAUCAUCGUGCAGAAGUAGCGGUCAAGGGGCUGGGCUUUGAUUUGGGUAGAGCGAGCAUGGGGCUUGCUGAACCCAUGUGUGCGUGCGCGGGGAGCGUGCUCGCAUUUUGCAGGAGGUGAAGGACUAGUGCGAAGUCGGAUUUGUCGAAAUAAGGGCGGGUUCUUCAUUGCACGUGUGAUCGAACAACAUGCGACUAGGACUCAAUUGGGGUAUGUGUCGUAUAUGGGAUGGCAGUGGCAUGACAAGAUCCCGGGAGGAUUCCAUUGCUGCAUGUAGGAAGGGCAUUGCGCCCGUGAUGGGAGGAGAGGGCACAGGCCCCUCCUGCCGACAUCAAUCUCUUAGCAUGCACCGGCAUGGAAGUGCUUAAGGAUGAAAUGACAAGGCAACACCAUGAUCGGCUGUUCUGAUGUGGCCUUUGAGACAGCCUAAUGAUUUCCGUGAUACCGGAUGCGGUUUUCAUGCGCUUAGCUACGGUGUUUAUACUUGCGCAUGCAUGUGGGCUUGGACAGUGUGUGCGGCUAAGUUUUGGCAAGUGAGGUAAUGCACCAUUUAAGCAAAGUUAGUACGUACUAAAUGGACGCGUGGAAAUGCCAAGGUGGAUGACAUGAGUGUUAUGUUGUGGCGAAGGACUGCUGCUGAGCUUGCUUACAUUUGUACAUGACUACAAUUGCAAUCAGCCUUCUGCGCGAUUCGGCGUGCAUUGGCAACCAACUUGGCUGGUCUGCACACGGGCAUAUGCCGUGCGGGGUCAUUGCGGUCCUGCUGUGAUCAGGGUGUUGCGAGGAUUGCUGUGUGCGGGUCCUGAAUGUCUGUGAGUGGGCUCGGCCGGCCCAACAACCGCUACCCCGACUGCCUUUUGCUGCUAUUUUGUCCAACAAUUUGCAUGGGUGCGUGGUGUAGAGGCGAUGCUAUAGCUGGGGCGCCGGCGCCGGAUAAGUGCAUGCGCAUCUAGGUAAACUAUUAGUCGAAGCUUCAUGGUUAGUUGUAGCCUUGUCAUCUUAGCGAAUGUGUGUAUCUUACUGAUGUAUGGCAUUGGCGGCAUGUCAAGUAAGCUGUAUGAACGGUUCCCCGGUUCUUCUGUUUCACAGCUCGUGUUUCUGUCGCCUGUUACGCUGGUGCUGAGGUUGGGGGCAAAGCGAGCAACGUAAGCAGCGCGCGUAAAGCCUUGCAAGGGGAGUCAAAAGGACGCGCUAAUGGGUCUCUGAGGUGGCACAGGGUCGCGCAGUUUGCAUGUUGCCUAGCAUCCUUGUGUGCUUUGGAUACCACCUACGUAUAGCUGUUAGCUACUUUAGUACUCCUUGUAGGUAUUAAGUUAUAGGAAGGCGCUGCGGCAGACGGCGUUGUAUUCGUCUGUCAUUUCGAUGGCCUGAGUAGCUUGACCCGAGGUAUUGGCCAUACAUUAAGACCUAUGUAUGUACUGGACCGGUCUUCAUGAACCUGUGUCGCAUGCGUGGUGUGCCAUUGCAUGCGUUCGGUUGGGUGUGGACAUGCGUGCGAGUUUGCGAAGGGCUUAUUCCCUUCUUAUUCCACGUACCUAGCCAUCGGCCUUGUCGUAGUCGGUAGCUCGUAGUCGGUAGCUGGAAGGAGAAAUGGUUGUGGCGGGUUUCGGGGGCUUUCCACACUCUGCACGUCCACGCGGGUAGGUUGCACACCCGCAUGGGUAGCAGUUGUGCACGGAGACAACAUGCUUUUGCUCUCUUAUAGGUUCGUUACAGUACUCUCUUUAGCUCUGCUUGAUUCAUGUCCCCACUAUGCCCUUGCACUACACGCACGUGGACAUUGGGUAGGUUACGGUGGGGUCUGGGAGUGAGGGGGCUGCAAUGGGUUUUUGCCAGGGCUGCCUAGCACCCGCGCAGGACGGAGGACUGGCUAAGACAUUCGUGCGCAAUUAGAACCCAAUUAGGGGGCCGCCGCUCACUCGAUUGGGCCAGACGGACAUGCAUCCGUGCUGACCCUCGUGUGUGAACCUGUGCGUAAUGCGCUUAUUACAUGUGGAUCGGUGUUGAUAUGUUCAGGGCACACCGUGCCCCUAGGUGCAGACCUUUGCCUUUGAUGAGGCCUGUGCAGCGGUGCGCAGACUGGCAAGCAAUAUCGACUGAUAGGUGUGGUAAAAUAACUGGCCGCGAGGCGAAACGUACUGUGAUUGUGUAUGUGUUAAGAAAACUGGCCGCACACUGUGUGUGUGCAUUCCAAUGUUUCCUCCGUACUACGCCGUGUAUCGAUCACCUGUGCUGUAUACCGGUACAUGCGUCUUGUGCCGUACAUGCGAAGGUACAUGCCAAG